AUGAGUACGGUCAAAGAAUUUGUUCUUCUACGAAUGAAUCAUCGUCUAUUAAGCGAACACAUCGAAUACAUCAAUCAACCAAAUGUUCAUGCUCAUAUUAUCGGUUAUGCUCAAGAACCACUUCUUCCACUUGAUGCUGCGUGCGCACCAUUGGGCAAUAUUGUUGAAAAUCUUUCAACAUACGUUUUAGUUGCUUUGAAGGAAACUCCAAUUAUUCCGAAUGAUGGUUUAACUCGUGAUGAAUCAGCUUCAAUUCGUCUUUACACGAUGGAGUGGGGUGAUGGACAGAUUAGUCUCUAUAAACUUCUUAAUAGAGCUCUUAAAUCAGCUGAUCGCAAUGACUUACAACCAUGGUUUAAAUAUCUCAAACUUUUUCUUACUGCACUAGUUAAAAUACCAUGUUCACCUCCACAGACUAUCUGGCGUGGAGUUCGACACAUUGUUAGUAACGAUUAUCUACGUGGUACUCAGGUGACAUGGUGGAACUUUUCAUCAUGUACAACAACACUUACUGUGCUAGAAAACGAACUAUAUUUGGGCGCUGUAGGAGAAAGAACUCUGUUCUCCAUUGAAGUCUUCAAUGGUAGAAAUAUUCGCUAUCAUUCACAUUUUGGUGACGAGGAUGAAAUGCUCAUGUUGCCAGGAACUCAAAUGGAAGUACUCUCACAAAUGAGAUCGGCACCUGAUCUUUAUAUUAUUCAUUUGAAACAGACAAUGCCCAACGAAAUGUUACUUGAACCUCCGUUCGAAGGUGCACUUCUUUAUCCAGAGAUUAUCCUACCAAAACAUUGGUAUCAGAAGAAGAAAUUCUACAUUCCAAUCAGUUUAAUAACGGUAUUAUUAAUCCUGGGAGUUGUUAUUGGUACUGUUCUGGGAAUAAAAUUAAACGCACAUAAAGCUAAAUGUAAUUACACAUUAACUAAUCAAGUGACCUACACAACCGGAAGUCGUCCAAUAUUUGUACUAGCUGCUGAUGUAAAUGACGACGACAAACCUGACAUUAUUGCCGCAAACUUUGAUGCAAAUAAUGUUGAAGUUCUACUUAAUACAGGUGAUGGUAGAUUUAGUGCUCAGAAGACAUAUUCGACUGGUUUGAAUCCAAUUUCACUGGCAAUAGCUGAUGUCGACGGUGACACCAAACCGGACAUUAUUGUUGCAAACAUGGGUGCAAAUAGUAUCGGUGUCCUCAUUAAUGUUGGUAAUGGAACUUUUGCUACUCAAACAACAUAUGCAACAAGUGCUAAACCGCGAUCUGUGACCGUAGUCGAUGUGAAUAAUGAUACUAAAUUAGAUAUUAUUGUUGCAAACUAUGGUGCGAAUAAUAUUGGUGUCUAUCUUAAUGUCGGUGAUGGGAAGUUUACUAUUCCAACGAAUUAUUCAUCUAGUUCUGGUCCGAUAUGUGUGCAAGCAGCUGAUGUUAAUGGUGAUAAUAAACCAGACAUUAUUGUUGUAAACUAUGAUUCAAACCAACUCGGUGUUCUCAUCAAUGCUGGGGACGGUACGUUUCUUGCUUCUCAAACAAAUAUAACAAACGCUAAUCCGAUUUCAAUGGCUGUAAUCGAUGUGAAUGGUGACAACAUGGCAGACAUUAUUGUCGCAAACUAUGGUGCCAAUAAUGUUCAAAUUUUCUUAAACAAUGGUAACGGUACAUUUACUACUAAAUAUUCCUAUCUCACUGGCAGUUUUCCGUACUCAGUUGUAGCCGCUGAUAUCAAUAAUGAUAAGAAAGUAGAUAUCAUUAUAAUAAACUACGGUGCCGAGAACUUUCGUAUUCUUUUAAACAAUGGAAAUGGUACGUUUGCUUCAAAAGAUACGUAUGAAACUGGCUCGGGCUCUGAACCUGUCUCUGGAGCAGCAAUAGAUGUAAAUGGUGACAAUCUAACAGAUGUUAUCGUCGCAAACUCGGCUGUAAGCAAUAUCGGUGUUUUUAUUAAUGCGGGCGACGAAACCUUUUCGGAUGUAGCAUCCUAUACAUCUGGUUCUAGUCCAAAUUCAGUGGCUGGAGUUGAUGUUAAUAACGACGGCUAUCCUGACAUUAUUGUCGCAAACUUAGAUGCAAGUAAUGUCGGUGUUCUUCUCAAUGCUCGUAACGGCACAUUUUAUGCUCAAACGACCUAUUCAACCAGUGGCAACCCCAAUUUUGUGGUCGUAGUCGAUGUCAAUAAUGAUAACAAACCGGAUAUUAUUGUUGCAAAUGGAGAUGCAGAUAACAUUGGUGUUCUGUUAAACAGAAACAAUGGUACUUUUCCUAAUGAAAAUACCUAUUCGUCAUACUCUACUCCGGUGUAUCUGACAGCAAUCGAUGUCAAUAAUGAUAACAAAUCAGAUAUUAUUGUUGCAAAUUACGGUUCAGAUAAUGUCGGUGUUUUUCUCAACAGAGGCAACGGUACAUUUGCCGAUCAAGUGAGUUAUUCAUCAGGUUCUCGUCCGAUUUGUGUGACAGUAAUCGAUGUUAAUGGUGAUGGAAUGCCUGAUAUUAUUGUUGCUAACUACGGUGAUGAAACGGUCGGCAUUCUUCUGAAUAUUGACAACGGUACAUUUACACGUCAAACGGUCUAUGCAACUGGUCACAAGAUGUAUUCUCUAGCAGCAGGUGAUAUUAAUAGAGACAGUAAACCUGAUAUCAUUAUAGCAAAUUUCGAUGUCAGCACUAUAAGUAUUCUUCUCAAUACACACCAGGGCAAAUUUAUUUUACAGACCACUAAUUAUUCAACAAGUAGUUAUCCGAUCUCAGUCGCAGCUGUUGAUUUCAAUGCAGAUUCUAAAAUUGAUAUUAUUGUAGCAAAUUACGCUGCAGAUAACGUAGAUGUCUUUCUCAACAAUGGUCAGGGUAUAUUUAACACUCGAACAUCCUAUCCAACUGGUCAUUUGCCGAGAUGUGUAGCAAUAUCCGAUGUAAAUAAUGAUAAAAAACCCGACAUUAUAGUUGCAAACUAUGGUGGACAGAAUGUUAGUGUUCUUUUAGGUAUUUGUUAA